ACUGGCACAGGUGCCACGUACCAAGGACCGGGACAAGAAACUGGCACAGGUGCCACGUACCAAGGAACGAAACAAGAAACUGGCACAGGUGCCACCAAUCCAGCAGGAGCCGGAACUACUACUGUUACUGUUCCUUCAUAUGGAACAACUACUUCUCCUGGAAGCGGUGAAGGAGAGGUUGUUUCUGUCACUGGCGCCUCCACUGGUACGAGUAAGUCACCGGCUGGCACAGAAAAUCUAACGACUCUAGGUACUGGAUCUCCUACUCCUUCCACUACAGGUGAAGGUGAAAAAACCAACCCUAGUGCUGGAUCUGUCGUUCAAACUGAAGCUGGUACCUUUUCUACAGAGGGUUGGAGCGAAGUAAGCACUACCGGAGGUACUGAAGUUGCAGUGCACACGUCAGAGAUUACUUCAGUUAGUGAAACUACAUUAGGUACAACCCAGUCUGGUCAAGAAGCCGCGGAAACAUCCACAUCUGCAAGUUUAGUUUCCAGCUAUGAAGGUACAGGCAGUAGAUCACAGAUGUCAUCAAUGCUGCUCUCUUUUGUUUGUGCUUUGUUCCUCUUGUGA